AGCAUUUUACUUCCCACUAGAGAAACCUCAACUACAUUUACUCUUUGAACACAGCUGUUUUCAGGGCUGUACACCCCCCCCAAUGUCAAUCUCAAUCCAGACACACUCAAAGGGUCCAGCAGGUCAGGAUCCCCUGGGGUCAUCUAGAUUAUUGGUACACACACCCGAGCAGUCAACAUCGAUGUAUGCAAGUUGUUAUGAAGAAUCUACGCCGUCAUGUCUGUCCACAAGCAGAAGAGACUGGCACUGCCCAGUCUGCCUUCAGACCGCCAGAUUCCCAGUUCAGACCAACUGUGGCCAUUUAUUCUGUGCUCCUUGUCUUCUAACCUACUGGAGACAUGGGUCAUGGUUAGACGCAAUAGGCUGUCCUCUCUGCAGACAGAAGGUCACCGUGCUGUGUAAUCUGUUUAACGAGAGUCGAUCAGACCGGCAGUCAAAGGAGGUUCUUGGAGAAAUCACAGAUUACAACAAACGUUAUUCUGGAGCCCCAAGAAAGGUAACAGACUACCUCUGUGACAUCCCCCUUCUUCUGCAGUUUCUGGCUCGUGGCCUGGGAACAAUGGGAGGGCUUGUGUGGUUGUUUCUCUUUCGGGUAGCCUUGUGCUGUGUGGGGACUGUGGUUUCCAUCUCCUCCGCACCUGUGGAGCCUUUGUCUUCAUCAUCGAGCCCCCUGGAAACUGACCCCUCCCUCUGCAGGUUGCUGGGUAUGCUGGAUGAUCUGGUGGUGGUCAUUUUGCUGCUCAUCUGCGUUAUCAAUAUCAAUCAGCAAAUGGCACCAGAGAGAGGACGCUCUGCAAAUGCAACAUCACAGGGAGUCAUCUAGAGCUCUCCGUCACUGGAUGUAGCUAGUGUCAGCAUAAGCUGCCUGACAUGUGCUUUUACUGGAUUUCUACUUUGUGUAGUUAGUUGGAUAAGUCUGUGCGAGAAUAUUGACAUCAGCACAGCUUAACAGCCUGAAAGUUGGAAGAUGUCUGAGUCUCUCAGACUGUGGACUCCAGGCCUGCUUGUCAAGUGUUUACAGACCUUAUGCAAGUGUUAUAUCUAAAAUUCAAAGUUAUGCAGUGUGCUGGUUCAGCAUCCAAGGAGUUCUGAGCUAUAGCCUUUUUAAUCCGUAUUUAUCUAGAACUGCAUCGCUUGACUGGACAGAAGUGACAUCAGUUCAGGUUUUAUCUUCUUUUUUCUUUCUUUUUUAUGUUGCUACUGUGAUGUUGUCUAUGUAUAUAUGUACUAUUGUAUAAAUUUAUAAUAUAAAUAAAUAUUUAUUCUCCAAGAAGGCUUUGUUUUGACAUGUUG